AAAAAAUGGCCAUAUAAAGCUUCUGAUGGAUAUAAAGCAACUCCGGAAAUCCUAGCAAAAGCAGGGUUUUAUUUUAAACCGUAUCCAGAAUCUCCAGAUAAUGUAAUUUGUUUCUUAUGUCAUAAAUCGAUGGAAAAUUGGGAUCCAACCGAUGAUCCAUUGGAAGAACAUGUUAAUCAUUCUCCAGAUUGUGCUUGGGUUAUUUGUCGAUGUAUUAAAAGAACAUUCCCUGAUGAUGAAUCAUCUUUUAGUUGGGAUAAUAAGGAACAGUUGCCCACUUCAAAGAGAAUGGAAGAAGCUAGAUUAAAAACCUUUGGCAAUUGGUGGCCUCAUGAUAAAAAAAAAGGUUGGGUUGGAACUAGUAAAAAGAUGGCCAAGGCGGGAUUUUAUCAUGCUCCAACUUUUGAAUCGAUAGAUUUCGUAACUUGUAUGUAUUGCGAAGUUGGGCUAGAAGGGUGGUUACCUAAGGACGAUCCUAUUAAAGAACAUCAUAAAAGGCUUCCUUCCUGCCCAUUUUUUGCUAAACCAGCUUCAAAAUUAAAAAAAGAAAAGGUAGCGGCACCUCCUUCUAUCAAUGAUAGCUCUCGAAGAAAUAUAGAUAAUGCUAUUAAAAUAGUUAAAGAGGAGGAAUUGGAUGAACCAACAGAUCAGAUAAAUGAAGUAGUUGAACAAGUUGAUGAUAUUAUAACAAUUGAAAAAGAAAUUGGCGAACGAUUAGAUAAUGCUAUAAUAAUAGAGGAAGAUAAGGAAGCAAGUUUAGAUAUAUUACAGAACGAUCCCAAAUUUGAAGAUGAAAUCGUCAAAGGUAACAGCAAAGAACCAUCCAAUGAUAUAGAAAUUAUUGAUUUGACUAGUGAUGAUGUCAAAGAUGACGAGUCGAGAGAAAUAUUACCAAUCAAAUGCGAAGUUAUAAACUUAGAAGAAUCAGAAUUUGAUCGAAAAAAUGAAGAAGAAAAUAUAUCUGUUACUGAAAAAUUUAAUAACGAAUUUCUGAGUAUAGAUGAUGAUAAUUUAAAUGUAGAAAAGGUUACAUCUAAUGAGCUCAUAAUUGAAAGUUCUGAAGUUAAAAGAUCAGUCAAUCUCAUUAAAAAGAAAUCAUUGGAAUACUUGAUCAGAGGUUCAACGAAUGUUGGAGGUGAAGAAAAAUCUAUCCGUGAAAGCAAACUGACGGAACCACCAGUCAAAAGAUCAAUUGGUUCAUUUAAUGAACUUAAUGUGAAUAGUAUAAGUUCUUAUGUCCAAGAAGACAAUAGAGAAAACGACCUUUCAAAUUCAGAUGAUAAUGUAACAAGUCUGGAAAUCCAGAGAUUAUCAGCUGAAUUAAAAAUACAUGAAUUAAAGAUCCUAGAAAGUAUCUCUGAUAACGCUGAUGAUUUUGAUAUAAUUCAAACAAAAAUGAGUGAUAUUGAUCUGAAUAAGGAAAGUAAUGAAAAGAUUAUCAGUCCACACACGUCCAAUAUGUGUUCCAAUCUUACAGCUUCUGAAGGAUUGAUAGAAUCACGAAUUAUUCAGCCUAUGUCGCAUAUCCCUCUAGCUAAACAUACUCCUGAAUCUACUGAGCCAACACGUACUAUUUGCAAUAAGAUUAAACCUUCAACAUUCAUUACACCUAAAGAGCAGAAUGGAAGGGCAGCAUUUACCGUUGAAGAUUAUUUAAGAAGUUUAACAGAAACCCAACAUAUGAGACUGGUUGAGAAAACAAAUCAAAAAAUAGAAACUUUAAUAGAAUUAAAGAAAAAAGCUAAAGAAGCAAUUUUAUCAAUUCCUAUAAUAUAA